AUGGAAGAGGGUUUCCCGAGCACGGAAGAUAAGAGUCCUCAAUUAACAGACGGGACGGGAUAUCGAAGUCUCGUUGGAGCGCUGCUGUACAUUUCCAUAUGUGCUAGACCGGAUGUAGCAGCCAGCGUGGCGAUAUUGGGUCGGAAUGUGAGUUCGCCAACGGAGGCGGAUUGGGUGACGGCUAAACGAGUUGUACGUUACCUGAAUUCGACAAAAGAGUGGAAAUUAACGUAUAGCGACACAGGUGGAGAAUUAAUUGGCUAUACGAAUGCCGAUUGGGCCGGUGAUGCAGCUAUAAGGAAAUCUACAACUGGUUUUGUCUUCCAAUAUGCCGGUGCGGCAGUAUCGUGGGUAAGUCGGAGACAAAGUUGCGUCACACUGUCUUCGAUGGAAUCCGAAUAUGUGGCGCUGAGUGAAGCAAGUCAAGAACUGAUUUGGCUUCGAAACUUGCUUAAGGAUAUGUGCGAACAACAGAGUGAUCCGGUCAAGGUGAUGGAGGACAAUCAAAGCUGUAUCCAAUUCGGAAAGGAAGAAUCGUCGGAAAGGAAGAAUCGUCGGUUCGGAAAGGAAGAAUCGUCGGUCUGUGCUUGGACAUUUCGUGAAGCAGCUGUGUGA